AUGGCUGAUGAGGAUGCCCUACGGAAAAUCCGCGCAGUGGAAGAACAGAUAGAAUACUUACAGAAGAAACUAGCCAUGGCUAAGCAGGAAGAAGAGGCACUGCUUUCUGAAAUGGAUGUGACAGGUCAAGCUUUUGAGGACAUGCAAGAGCAGAACAUUCGCCUGAUGCAGCAGUUGAGGGAGAAGGAUGAUGCCAACUUCAAGCUCAUGUCAGAACGUAUCAAAUCCAACCAGAUCCACAAGCUUCUAAAAGAGGAGAAGGAGGAGCUGGCAGACCAGGUGCUUACCUUGAAGACACAGGUGGAUGCCCAGUUACAAGUUGUACGUAAGCUAGAGGAGAAGGAACAUCUCCUGCAAAGCAACAUUGGCACUGGAGAAAAGGAGUUGGGCUUGCGGACCCAGGCACUAGAGAUGAACAAACGUAAGGCUAUGGAUGCAGCUCAGCUUGCCGAUGACCUUCGGGCUCAAUUGGAGCUGGCUCAGAAGAAGUUGCAUGACUUCCAGGAGGAGAUUGUGGAGAACAGUGUGACCAAAGAGAAGGAUAUGUUCAACUUCAAACGAGCCCAG